AUUUCCUCAGAAAUAGAUUAACCACACACGACACGACUGCAACGCAUACGCGCGCCAGGGGCUCCCACCAACCACGGCGGCGGCAGCAGCAACGGCCACGGAGGAGGCCGGCGGAUCGGGGCCGGCGGCGAUGGCGUCCGCGGCGGCGGCGGAGGGCGCGGCGGCGGCGCUCCGGUCGGUUCUCUCGCGCGCGCAGCAAGCGGCGGCGCGGUCGGGGCGCGCGCCGGAGUCGGUGCGCGUGGUGGCCGUGAGCAAGACCAAGCCCGUGGGCGUCAUUCGCGGCGUGUACGACGCCGGCCACCGCUGCUUCGGGGAGAACUACGUCCAGGAGCUCAUCGACAAGGCCCCCCAGCUUCCAGAGGAUAUCGAGUGGCAUUUCAUUGGGAACCUGCAGAGCAAUAAAGCCAAAGCCCUCCUAGCUGGUGUGCCAAAUCUGGACAUGGUUGAGAGCGUAGAUGAUGAGAAGAUUGCUAAUCGUCUUGAUCGGGUAGUAGCUGAUUUGGGGAGAAAGCCUCUUAAGGUCUUGGUCCAAGUCAACACAAGUGGAGAAGAAUCAAAAUUUGGAGUAGAUCCCUCAGGGUGUGUGGGAUUAGCAAAACAUGUCAAAUUGAGCUGCCCAAAUCUUGUAUUUUCUGGCUUGAUGACAAUUGGGAUGCUUGAUUACUCCUCAACCCCGGAAAAUUUCAAGGCACUGUCAAGUUGCCGGAAGGAGGUAUGCGAUGAGCUUGGUAUACCAGAAGAGCAGUGCGAGCUGUCCAUGGGCAUGUCUGCUGAUUUUGAGCAAGCGAUUGAAAUGGGCAGCACGAAUGUUAGAGUUGGAUCAACCAUCUUUGGUGCAAGAGAAUACCCAAAGAAAAACUAGGAUAUCUAUGUAUAUUCAGGCCUUGUUGCAAGACUGAUAGAAUAUGUACGAUUCGCAUUGUGAUAAAUAUGUAUCCAUUUCCUCUAAAAUUUUACACUUUGAUGUUUACACCAUGUGCCAUUAAUAAUAUUGUUUUCUCACGGUGCUUCCUUUUGUUUAUAGCACGGGAAUCCCAA